AUGGCAUCAUCUUCAUCCAUAAAUUACGAUUGGAAAAUUCUAGGUCUAGGUCGUGGUGUAUCUACAGCAAAACAAGCUGAAGAAAAUUUAAAAGCACUUGGUUACAAAAAUAUAAAGAUCGAUGGUAGUUUAGAAAAUAAUGCAGGAGGCGAUGAAAAACUGAUUGCCCUUCUCAAAGAAAAUGAUUGGGAUGCUGUAUCACUCGGUGGUGGACUCACUGGUUAUGAUGAACAUUUUCAACGUGAAGUCGCUACAUUGCACUGGUUUAAUCGUAUCGUCAAUAUCAUUCAUGAACAUGCACCCAAGGCUAAAUUUAUUUUUGUAGAUAAGCCAGAGUCUUUAGUUGAAGGUAUUCACAGAGUUCUUGACAACGGUCACAAAUGA